ACAAAAACGCGGAAACAAAAGAACUAAUCAGUUUUUCAAAACAAGCAACGAGUCGGCAUAAAGUGAGCCUUGUCGUGGGUGACAGCUGUCAGAGUUUAGACCGUAGCUUCUCAUAACCCACUCACAAAGACUUAGCAUGGCUUUGAAGAGAAUACAGAAGGAGUUAAAUGACUUGCAGAGAGACCCUCCAGCUUCAUGUUCUGCUGGACCUGUAGGAGAAGACAUGUUUCACUGGCAAGCCACCAUCACAGGACCGAAUGACAGCCCUUAUCAUGGAGGAGUUUUUUUCCUUUCUGUCCAUUUUCCCACCGAUUACCCCUUUAAACCACCAAAGGUCGCCUUUACGACAAAAAUCUAUCACCCAAACAUAAACAGCAAUGGCAGCAUUUGCCUUGACAUCUUGAGGUCUCAGUGGUCCCCUGCUCUUACGAUUUCAAAAGUUUUGUUGUCCAUCUGCUCCCUUCUUUGCGACCCAAAUCCCGAUGAUCCACUCGUCCCUGAGAUUGCACAGAUCUACAAGACAGAUAGACAAAAGUAUAACAAACUAGCUAGAGAAUGGACCCAGCGGUACGCAAUGUGACGGAAAAAUAUAAAGCAACAACUUCUGCCAGAACUUCUCAACAGAUGACAGUACUGUUAAAGUGCUUUCUCCACACUGGUUGUAACUGAGGUGUUUAAUCUGCUUAAUGCACUUUCUCUACUGAGGUUUUACUUGACUUAACCCGUUUUACUAUUUUGGCAUUAUUGGAAUUAUUAUUCUGAAUAUUUUAUUUGAAGUGUUGCGGUGGAGCGACUGUAUGUUUCUUUGAACAGAUUUGUAUUUAUAUUUUUCAUUAUCUUGAAAUAAAAAAUAUUUAGCAGAAUAUGAAUUCCAUUUACUUCUUACCACCUUAAAUAAAGGUGGGUUUUUUUUCUCAUUCAAUGUGUUGUACGACUAUUUGACCACAUUAUUGUCUGUUUUAUAGUUUACAUGACCACUAGAUGGCACACCUCACUUUCUACUAACCAAGCCGUUUUUAAUGAGGCGUUAUCUGUUCCCCUCCACACGAUUUGUUUUAUUUAAUUUGUAUUUGCCAAAUGCCUAAUUAUGUGGACUGUGGUUAUUACUGUGUUUUGCUGGAGUGAUGAAGUAAAAAUAGAAAGGAUGUUCUAUAAAUUAAAAUUUAAUUAUCUUCUCCAACAGCUGUCCCAAUGUUCUUGUACAAUUAGCAAAUAUAGAUUAAUGAAGAUGUUCCGGUUUUCUUUUAAAAUGUUCAUUAAUGCUUAUUUAUGCUGUCCCAGUUGAUUGUUUUUGUGUUUUACAGUUACAUUUUUGCUACUUAAAAAAAUCAUUUAUAUUUUAGCAUAAAUUAAACUUAAUUUCAAGGAAAGACAUUAUGUUGCAACAAAACUGUUCUGAGUUCUAGUAUAACAUGCAGACAGUUAUUUAUGAUGAGGAUGCCAUUUUAUGGUCUGUACUUUAUUCUAUGCAACUGUUCAAAUUGUGUAGUAAAUCUACAGUGUUUGCAUAA